AUGUUUAUUAAAAAAAAACACUAUCCCGACCGGCGAUGGAGAAUCUCGCUGGGACAAGAAGAGCCGGCGCAAGAGAUCCGCGCCGGCUCUUCUUGCCCCGGCGAUAGUUUUCUCGCCGGCCGAGGCGAGGGAUCUUCGCCACCCUCUGGGGGUGGGGCUAGAAAUAUCUCGCCAGGCACUGGGCGCCUGGCGAGAUUACCCGGCGCCGGUCUGUGCCGGCGUCGGGAUGGGAUAUCACCUCUUGAUGGAUCUGGUAAUCGUCAUGUAAUUAAGUGCAAUCUAUAUACUGAACAUCGUAGGGAAAAAGAGGAAAACUUAAAGAAACAGAAAAAUUUACAUCCUAUCUUUGCCCCACCUGGUGAGUCGGUGAACAUAUAUGAUGAUGAUGAGUUUGAUGGAGAAGAAGAACAAGAUGAAGAUAGUUUUGAGAGUGGGGACGAUGUGGAUGAGAAGGACGAGUCAGACGAGUAUUUCUCGCAUGAGAUGAGCAUCGUUCUGGCGGACCGGACUUUGUCCCAUCCCUCUCAGACUAGUCAGCCUCGUUCCCAUUUUGGUGCUGCCUCCAUUGGUCCCUCUAGCCGUCCUGAGGCAGCUGCGACGUCAUCGGUUUCAGGUAUUAGCAGACGGUCUAAGGUUUCUAACGAAGAAAUUAAUGAUUGGGUUGUGAUGAACGACGUACCUGGCGGGCCAUGUGAUGGGGAUGAAAAUAUUGAAGCUUACUCCUGGGGAUCUGGUACACUAGCAUUCCUCCACCGUCAGCUUGAGAUUGCUAGUCGACCAGGGUGUACCACGAUGGCUAGUUGUAUGACCCUUCUCCAGGUUUAUUGUGAUGAUGAUGAUGAUGAUAGUGACACUAGUGAUACUGAAGAUACUAGUAAGCCUAAAAUUCGUGCGCGUUAUCUGAUCAUGAGUCGUCGGAAGAAAAAAGAGGAAAAAGAGUUAAAGAAGCGAAUGAAAAUAACUCAGGUCAAUAUGGGUGGCGUACCGUUUGAGACUCGAUCUAGUCAGCCAAUUAAUGUACCCGAGUAUUCUGAGGACGACCUGGAAGAGGAGGAUGAGGAUGAUGUGCAGAACAGUGUUAGGAUGGGUGCGCAUCACAGAGAUUGGCCUAUGUACAAUCUUAGUAGUUACCCUCCUCCCCUGUUUGGUUGUCCACGGCCUGGUCCUGGCGGUUUAUCCUUUCCGCCUACCCCUAUCCCUUCUUCUAUGAAUGGGAUACUUGGAUUGGAUUUGAAUGAUUACAAAUGGAGUCAUGGCGGUGUCUCUGAUUGGUUCAUCCUUGAGCGAUGCCAAAAAGCGGACGAGAAUACCCAGGCCUCUGCUUUCUUGUGGGUAUUGUUAGCCUCGACAUUGUUCAUGGGCAAGAGUGGUGGGAGGUGCAGUGUUUCACUUGUACAUGAGCUGAUGGCUGGGAUCGAAAAUAUGGGUUCAUACUCGUGGGGCUCUGUUACGCUUAUGUUCCUAUACCGUCAGUUAGGGACUAGUAGGGCAAAGUGCACUCAGUUAGGUGGUUAUUUGACCCUACUGCAGGCCUGGAUUUACAAGUAUUUCCCGUGUUUCCACCCCCAGGGAGGGCGAGUUACCCGUGGGGGUAAUGACAGGCCCAGAGUACAUGACUGGAUACCACCAUCUUUUGCGGGGCCGACAUCUGUGCCAGAUCGUCUUCGUCAGGUUAGGGAGUGUCUCGACCGUUUCACUGAGUUAGAGGUAAAGUGGGAGCCAUUUGGACUUGACCAACAAGAAAUAGUUCCGAGGACUAUCUACAGUGGGUGGAUAAUGUAUAGGAACUUGCAGGAGCCAUACAUGCCGGACAGAUGUAUAUGUCAGAUUGGCUACGUACAGAGUAUUCCUCGUUCGCCCAUGUCCCCUGAUGAUGCAUUCCGAGGACCCAGGACUAUCCAGUACUUUGUAGAGCAUUCUGCUGUUGACACUCAGUACUUGGAGGAGAUUCCCGGAGUCAGCGUGUAUUAA